CCCCGGUCACGGACAAAGCAUCCAGCCAUUUCAUACUCACUAGAGAUAGCCACCAGCUAGCUAGCUCCACCAGGUACCAAUCACCUAUAGUCACUAGCUAGCUCGAUCCAGCUCCUCACCUCUCCAGCAGCCGACGGCAAUGGCGAAGGCGGUGGCGCUGGCUGUCCUCGUGGUGGCCGUCGCGGCGGCGCUGCUGGCCGUGGCGCCGGCGCCGGCCCGCGCCGUGUGCAACAUGAGCAACGACGAGUUCAUGAAGUGCCAGCCGGCGGCGGCGGCGACGUCGAACCCGACGACGAACCCGUCGGCGGGCUGCUGCUCGGCGCUGUCGCACGCCGACCUUAACUGCCUCUGCUCCUACAAGAACUCGCCGUGGCUCAGCAUCUACAACAUCGACCCCAACCGCGCCAUGCAGCUGCCAGCCAAGUGUGGCCUCACCAUGCCGGCUAACUGCUAAUAAGUUUGCUACUGUUUUACUGCCAAGAUUUGCAGGCACUGCAACAAAGGACAUAACGUACGUAAUAUGUGUGCCUCCUACUCCUAGCUUGCGUUUGAUAUAGAAAAUUAAUAGCAUAAAAUGGCUAGAACUGCUACAGGGAUAGCCUAGCUGUAUGACAACUGUAUGUUCUUGUCUUAUGCUUGUGUGGAAUGUGUAUGUUUGUCUGUGAGAGUGUUGUCAUGUGUGUGUGGUUGGCCGGUUAAUAGUGCUUGUUGCAUUGAUCGCAUGCCUAAUAUACUUGGGGUUUUUCUAUAA